GUGCUGUAGCUGGAUAGCAGAUAGCUGCCUACCCGUGCGUGGAUUCGGUCUGCUUAUACGUGGAAUACUGAUUCAUCUCUCCGAUAAGUAACAAGAGUGCAGAGCUGAUGAGGUCCCAUAGUUAUCACUGGGGCAGAAGGAAAGACUGAUCAUCGGCCUCUGUGAGCGCGUUCUGUCUGUAGAUCUGUGCUUCGUGUGUUAAUAUAGGAGUGGAUAUUCCUGCUGAGAAUUCGCAUAUAUAUAUAUUGAUCAUGGCGGCGCCAAAACUCAUCUGUGUCCCACUGUUGUCACUUCUUGCUGUCCUGGUGGCUUAUUGGUACCGCCAUGUGGAUGAUAACAGCCUUCAGAACCGACUGGACACCGUGCUGUCAUCACUCCUCAGGGCUGAGCAGAAAGUUGGACUGAAUGGUGAUCGACCUCCUCGCAUCGCAAUAGGGUUCGGAGGUUGUCUGGAUAUCAUUGUAGAUGGUGUAGCAUUACUGCAGGAAGCGGCCAUCGAACCCAGCUAUAACCCCAUCCACCACAACUUUAUUGACUCCGAGACCCAAUUAGCUGAAAGCUUUGCCUAUUUCUUCCCACCCGGAGCAGCUUCUGAGAGGUUUGUGUCCAAUGAGACCUUGUUCAAGAGGUUGGUGGAUGCUUCCAAAAGGCUUUCAGAAAUGCGUUGGGCUCUCGGAGGGAAUGCACCAGUCAUGGCUAAUCGCUUAGCUGCAGAAGGAUGUGACGUUUUACUUGGUGGCCGACUUAGUCCAGAGGAAACUGGUGUUUUGUCCGAACGUGUCACAGUGGCUGGUGAGUCUAUAGAAAAUGCUGACAUUCAUCUGAUUAUGGAGUAUCCAACAGGAGCCAGAUGGGGAAAUCAUGUUUCACGAAGGGCCAACAGAUACAUAGUCCAUAGUGAUUCCCACAACCCCAUGCUUGACUCCCUGGAAGACUUUAAAGAACAGUUGGAAGACUUUCAACCAGAUCUUCUUGUCAUUGGUGGGUUGCAGAUGAUGGACAGUUUUCCCUUUAAACCAGGUCAGCGUGAAGCCAGACUGAAGGCACUUCAAGAACUAUUGCAAUCUAUGGACCAAAGCGUAGGCUCUCACUUUGAAAUGGCCUCGUUUGUUGAGCAAGGUCUCAUGAAGGACCUGCUUGAAUAUGUCAUACCUUACUCUGACUCCUUGGGAAUGAAUGAGCAAGAGCUUCCUAACCUUCUUAGCCUCAUAAAGGGUGGCAACAUCACAGUUCUUUCAGACCCAUAUCCUAGAGUUGCCUCAAUUCUCGACCAAAUGCGUGAGCUCUACCAUCUUCUCAGAUCACAAGACCUGAAAGAAGGCCAGCGGCAGUUAACUCGUCUCCAUGUACACACCUUGGCAUUUCAAGCCAUGAUGGUUACCAGGGGAUCCAUGUGGAAAAAUACAAUGUCUGCUACUGCAAAGGCAUCCCUAACUGCUAACCGCCAUGUAUGUGGCUCUACUCAUAUUGACACCCGUAAAGCCAAACUCAUUAUGGAUGACUCUUUCUCAGUAAGCCGUGAAGUCGGCAGCCAAAGGAUACCCUUUAAGGAGAGUCGCCCAGUGUCAUGCUGGGAAGAAGAUGAUUAUGAAAUAUGCCUAGCUCCUGUCUUAGUAUGUACAGAGGUUUUCCAGACAGCAGGUGGAGGAGACAAUAUCUCUGCGGCUGGACUUGUGCUCCAAAUUUGAUCCAUGUACAGCACUAAAAUAUGAUCCACAUUCCAUGUGCAGAAGACAUUAAAUAGGUUUCAUAUAAGAAAGAAA